AUGCAAGGCCUUCACACUCUUCUGGUGCGCGACCCGGAGACGGGCGCCACGCCUUCUUGUGAUACCGGGAACGAGUACGACGGGCGCAUGGGCUUACGUAUAUCCUCCAUCUUCGUGAUUAUGGUGGGCUCGAUGUUUGGUGCUGUGUUUCCGGUCUUCGCACGGAGCUUUGGCACCUCGACGUUUCUCAGACGGGCAUUUUUCGUUGCAAAGUACUUUGGCUCGGGUGUCAUUAUUGCUACCGCCUUCAUCCAUCUUUUGGCACCAGCAGAAGAGGCGUUGACUAAUGAGUGUCUCACUGGUCCGAUUACCGAAUACUCAUGGGUCGAAGGUAUCGUCCUCAUGACCAUUGUUGUGCUGUUCUUCGUUGAGUUGAUGGUAAUGCGGUACGCACGCUUUGGUCAUAGCCACUUGGAUGAUUUGGGACACAACGAUCAUGUUGAUGCUGCGUCCGCGACCGUCGAAUCCAAAAGCCACCUACCUGGAGAGGAUCAUCUUGGUCACUCCCGCGAACAUCACGACAGCGAGUUGGGUGAAAAGGCCUCCUCAAUCGAGGACUAUGCCGCUCAGUUGACAUCGGUUUUCAUUCUGGAGUUCGGUAUCAUCUUCCAUUCGAUCUUCAUCGGCCUGACCUUGGCGGUAGCCGGAGAAGAAUUUAUCACGCUCUACAUUGUCUUGGUCUUCCACCAAACCUUCGAAGGUCUGGGUCUGGGUUCCCGCUUGGCAACGACCCCUUGGCCCAGUUCAAAACGCUUUACCCCUACCUACUCGGACUCGCAUAUGCUACCCCCCGAAGGUUACACCACUCUCGUUGUCAACGGAGUUUUCGACUCCAUUUCCGCCGGUAUCCUCAUCUACACGGCUCUUGUGGAGCUCAUGGCGCAUGAGUUCAUGUUCAGUCCGUCGAUGCGCAAGGCACCGAUCCGAACUGUUCUUGCGGCGUUUGGUCUACUAUGUCUGGGUGCGUUGCUGAUGGCGUUGCUUGGAAAAUGGGCUUAA